UCUUGCUCCCUCUUUCUGUUGAAUGUGGUGAAGUCAUAUAUUUCAGACAAGGGUGUUUGCUGCAUUAGCGCCAGCCCUCCUGUACAGUGCACGUUAGAAAGAAGAGGAGCACUGCCACACAAGCUCAGACUCACCUGUCCUCACCUGAAAGCUACUACACAAAGAUCAGCAUGGCAAACCACGGUCCUGCUUACGGCCUGAGCCGUGAGGUUCAGAGUAAGAUUGAUAAAAAAUACGACCAGGAGCUGGAGGAGAGGCUGGUGGAGUGGAUCAUCGCCCAGUGUGGUUCUGGCGUCGAGCAGCCCGAGCCAGGCAGGGUUGGCUUCCAGAAGUGGCUCAAGGAUGGACGUUUGCUGUGUGAGCUCAUCAACAGCCUGUGCGGAGACAACAAGCCCAUCAGGUCCAUCAAGCCCUCCACUAUGCCGUUUAAGCAGAUGGAGCAGAUCUCCAUGUUCCUCAAAGCUGCGGAAAACUAUGGAGUCGUUAAGACCGACAUGUUCCAGACCGUAGACCUCUUUGAAAGCUCAGACCUGGCGGCUGUCCAGAGGACCCUGAUGUCUCUGGGUAGUUUGGCAGUCACAAAGCAUGAUGGGAAUUACAAAGGAGAUCCCAGUUGGUUCCAUAAGAAGUCCACCGGGAACAGGAGAGACUUCUCAGAGGAGCAGCUGAGUGAAGGCAAAAAUGUCAUCGGCCUGCAAAUGGGCACAAAUAAAGGAGCAUCUCAGGCCGGCAUGACAGGCUACGGACGACCCAGGCAGAUUAUCAACAACCCCUAAACCCGCGCACCGCUGUAACCCUCCCCCCCGAUACACUCCUCCCUCUGUCCUCCGAAAGGCCAUUCAGCGAGGAUGAAGCGACUUGGACUCUUACCUUGGCCAUUAGGAGAAAUGUGACGUGACUGCUUUCAAGACGAAACUGGACCAAAAACGGGGGACCAACGACAACAUGUGCACACACACGACGCACACUCCACGUUGAGGAGACACACACUUGUAGAGAGCGUCAACAGUACUGAGUGAUUAGACAAUCCGACCGAGCGUUUAAACGUGUAUUUUUACGACUACGCUUUUAAUUGUACAUAAUACUUUUAAAAACAUCAUUCCAGUUGUUUUGCAUCCUUUAAGUCACUACCGUAGAAUCAAACAGGCUCUUAAUUUCUACAAACCAUGACAUUUUCUGAUUUCCUACCUUCCAUACAGCCACUGCUUUCAGUUCAUCUCAGUACUCAAGAAAUGCGAUACAAGUUUUCUGUAUUUUAUCGGCUACGUUUCUGCAAAAUGAUAACGCAGCAACGCUUUCUGUUGGGGCAUUCAGGGACUACCUCAUAUCUUAGAUUUUCAAGUUUUUCAUGUCUUAAACAACAAAAUCCACAUUUCCACAGGGUUCUUGUUUGUGCUUUGUUCAUCUGCCAGUGUUGCUACGCUUAAAAAUCAAUAACUGGACAUCAGGUUGUCCAUGAAUGCACCACCAAGGGGAGUUCAGCAAAUGUUAUCUUCUCCUAUGAGCAGGGCCAGACAGCUAUAAUGAUAAACUUAAAUAAAAUGAAUUAUAAAGAGUAAACUGAGCACAUGGUUCAGAGUGAAGACCUUUCAAUAGCAUAUUUCACACCUCUGCUGAAUCCUUGUGAACUGGAAUGAACUGAAACAGGUAAGAAGUGUAUUCAUUGCUGUGGUUUAAAAUACAUUUAAGUAGAAAAUCUGGAGUUAAUAUGUUACAACAAGAGAGAAAUCCACUUGUUUUGGAAAAAUCUGAAUACAUUUUUAAAGGAAAUUCUCGGUUAAGUGCAAAAGUGUGUGUUUCACCUGCUAUGUGCAUUUAGAUCUCAGUUCAUUUCUAAUAAACGUUGGACCUUCUUUUUAGAUUUUAACAUCAAUUGGACGAUAUUGGAAUAAAGUUUGAUUUGACUGAAAA